AUGGUUUUCAUGAAGCCUGAAAGUGCUCUUCGACGAGCUGAUGAAUUAAUUGAUGUCGGCAAAAAACAACGUGCUUUGGAAACACUUUUUGAAGUUAUUACUUCACGUCGUCAUCGAACAUGGACAAAAGCACACGAACCUUUAAUGGAAAAGUUUUUAGAUCUAUGUGUUGAAUUAAAAAAAAGUCAACUGGCUAAAGAUGGUCUUCAUCAAUAUAAAACAAUUUCACAAACGGUGUCAUUGAAAUCACUUGAAGAUGUGAUCAUGAAAUUUCUCAAACAAGGCGAAGAACGAUGCUUGAAUGCUCGAAAAGAAGCAACAAAUGCUCUUGUGGAUAUUGAUGAUUUGGAAGUUUUACAAACACCUGAAAGUCUAUUACUCAGUGCAGUUAGUGGUGAAUCUCAACAAGAUCGUACUGAUCGCGAUAUGCUUGCACCGUGGUUAAAAUUUGUCUGGGAAUCAUAUAAACAAUGUUUAGAUUUAUUGAAAAAUAAUAGUCGUGUUGAAAAAAUUUAUCAAGAAGUUGCACAAAUGGGUUUUCGCUUUUGUCAACUAUAUAAUCGUCGGCCUGAAUUUCGAAAAUUAUGCGAUACGAUUCGAACCCAUUUUACACAAUCGCAAAAAUAUUCACAACAACCGUAUAGUGUGAAUUUUCAAUUGCCAGAAACACAAGCAGUUCAUUUAGAAACACGUUUAGUUCAACUUGAUACAGCUAUUGCUAUGGAAUUAUGGCAGGAAGCUUUUAAAGCAGUUGAAGAUAUUCAUGCGUUUACAACAAUUUCAAAAAAAACACCAAGACCACAACAAUUGGCAUCUUAUUAUAAUAAAGUAGCACUUGUUUUUUGGAAAGCAGGAAAUUAUGUAUUUCAUGCAACAACUGUUCUUAAAUUAUAUGUGCUACAUAAAGAACAAAAAAAGAAUAUAACACACGCUGAAUUAAGUCGUUUGUCAACAAAGGCUUUAUUAUCUAUACUUUCAAUUCCAUUACCAACACCACGAACACAAAUCGACGAACAUUUAGAAACGGAUGAAACAAUUAAUGAAAAACAAAAACGUUUAACAAGUUUAUUACAACUACAACAAAUUCCAACACGUGCAAGUCUUAUACGUGAUAUGAUCAAACAAGGUGUUUUAAAUUUUGUCUAUCCAGAAUUGAAGAGUAUGUAUGAAUGGUUAGAGGUUGAAUUCAAUCCAUUAAAGUUAUCAUCAAAAAUGGAAGAAAGCAUUCAGUUCGUUGAAAAACUUGCUCAACCUGAAUACUCACAAUAUAUGUCAGCAUUACGUGAUGUUACUGUUGUUCGUUUACUUCAACAGAUUUCACAAGUUUAUCAAACCAUUGAAUUAAAACGUUUUGUUGAUCUUGCACCACCUAUGGAUAAACAUCGUUUAGAGAAAAUUAUUGUUAAUGCAGCAAGAAAUAAUGAUGUUCAAGUUCGAAUUGAACAUAAAUCAAACGCAUUAACAUUUGGCACAGAUUUAAAUCUUUCAAGUGGACAACUCGGUGCUAAUGACACUGGUUUGAAGACAAAUGUUAUUCAAAAGAUGCCAAAUGAACAAAUACGUAAUCAACUUACAUCAAUAUCACGCGCAUUGUAUGCAUCCAUGGAAAUUAUUAAUGAUAAAUCGAACAGGGAACGUAAUGAUAAAUUACGACGAGAAAUCGCUCAAACUUAUUAUCGAGAUGAAUUAAUACAACGUAAAGAAAUAUUAAAACGACGAGAACUUAUUGAACGUUACAAGGAAGAAAAAGAAAAAGAAUCGAUUUCGAAGAUGAAACAAGCUGAAAUAGUUUCUCGACAUCAACAAGAUGAACGUGAAAAAGAAGAUAAGAACCGCCGUGAUGCUGAUCAAAAACGUCGCGUUGCUGAAGCUGCAUUGGAACGUGAAAAAGAAGAGCAUCGUUUUAAUAUGAAAAUUGCUAUUGAUAAAUUACGUGAAUCUGAAAUAGGUCGUAAAAUAAUUGAACUUAUUGGCGAAGAAGAAUUAUAUAAAUAUGAUCCAGAGUCAUUAAAUUCUUUACAUAUUGAUGCUGUCAUCAAAUAUAGUCGAGAGCAAAAAGAAAAGUUAAAAGUUCAAUAUAAAAAAGUUGACUUUCUUAUUCGUGCACAUCAUGAAGCAGAUAUUCCGUUAAUAAUAAAACAAAGCGAAGAAGAGUUACAACAACGUCAUACAAUUCAAAUUGCUGAACGUGAACGUGCUAUUGAACGAUGUGAACGUCUUGUGCGUAUGGAAAAUGAUAAAGAAGAUUUUCUUCUAUCAAUUCGUGGACAACGACAUGAAGAUUUUGUCGUACACAUGAAAACAUUUGAACAACGUUUAAACGUAGCACGUCAACAACGUUUAGAACAAUUACGUCAAGAAUAUAUUGAGAAGAGAAAGCAAGAAUGGAAAAAACAAAAACAAUUACAAAAACAACAAAAAGAAGAAGAAAAACAAAGAAAAAUUCAAGCAGAAAAAAAACGUAAACACGAUGAACAAAUAGCGCUAUCACGUGCAGCUAAUGAUGAAAAAAAUAAGAAAUUAGACGAACAAGCUAGAAAACAACGUGAACGUGAAGCAGAAAUAGACAGAAAAUUACAAGAAUCACUAGAAACUUCGCGAGUUGCACCAACUGCUUCAGUUCGUCGUACUCUUCCUCCUAAUCAAGCCGAUAAAGAUAAAACUGACAAUCGACUAUGGCGCCGUCCACAACGGGACAAUGAGAAUAGUCAACAAUCACAUGCUGAUGUUAAGGACUGGCGUAAUAGUAAAAAUGAAGAUCAACGUCCACGAGGUACCAAUGAUCGACGUUUUGAUGAACCAUCGAUGAACAAAGGAUCAUCAAGUGAUUCAUGGAAACCCAAAUCAAGACCUGACCAGCAAAAUCGUGAUGAUAGACGAGGACCUCCAUCAUCACAACAACAAGCAUCACCAUCAUCAGCAGAACGACGGCCCGAAAGAAAUUCGGAAACAGUAGGCAAAUGGCAAACUAUCGAAAAGAAACGUCCCAAUCCAGCACGAACUGAUAAUGAUCGUCCAUCAAAUCAACGUUCAGGUGAAUCAUCGUCAAGCACAUUUUGGAAAUCAAAAACACACCCGACAGAUGAAACACGAGAUAGUCCUCGUAGUGGUCCAAAUACAUCGGAUCAAUGGCGACGACCAGACGACAGUAACAAUUGGCGUACACGAGAAAAACAACGUUUAAACAGUUGGCGUGCCAAUGGUAGUGAUGAUGAAAAUGAACCAGCUUCAUCUGAUAAUCGUCCCACGGGUGGCAGUCGAGAAUAA